AUGAGCGACGCCUACCACUACCGCAUGCAGCUCAACAACUACCUCCAGGCGAACGGUGGUGCACGCCACCUCACCUGGGAGGUGUAUCAGACUGGGCCUCUGCACCAGCCCAUGUGGACUGCCGUCUCUUUCAUUCGCGGCAUCGAGUAUGGUCGAGCCUACGGCGGUAGUCAGAACGCCGUCAAGGAAGAAGCGGCUCGCCAGACCCUGGCCGCGCUGGUAGCCGACCGUCGUGGUAGCGGCUACCACUAG